GGUGGCUUCGACGAUAAUUUAGUCUGGCCCGUCGCCAUUCUUCAGACUCCAUCCAUUGAUCUGGCAUUUUUGCGCGAUGAGGGAAGUGAGCGCCCAGGUUUCCGCAGAAAAGUCUAAAGCCGAAAGGCGCCAUCUCCAUCAUGAGGCCGACGUCGUCAUCAUCGGCGGCGGAGUGGUGGGAUGCGCCAUUGCUGUCGCCUUGGGCCGACAGGGACGCAGCGUCAUUCUGCUUGAGCGAAGUCUGAAGGAGCCGGACCGGAUUGUUGGCGAGUUGUUGCAGCCUGGAGGCUGUGAGGCGCUGAGAAAGCUUGGCAUGGAAGAUUGUCUUGAGGGCAUCGAUGCGGCGACGGUGAAGGGCUACCAAGUCAUUUAUCACGGUGCAGGCGUCCACAUUCCUUACCCGCCCAAUGCCGAACAAAAUACGAAAGAGAAUGCCGAGGGCCGAGCUUUUCACCAUGGCCGCUUCAUCCAGAAACUGCGAGAGGCUGUCAAAAGAACGCCGAACGUCACGAUCUUUGAAACAACGGCGACUGAUCUGGUCCGAAACGGCUGGACAGGUCAGGUCCUCGGUGUUGAGGCGCAAACACAGGGCCAAAAGGACUACUACUUUGGUCACCUUACAGUCGUCGCGGACGGAUAUGCCUCCAAAUUUCGGAAAGGGAAUCUUCAAAACCAGCCAAUUGUCAAAUCAAAGUUCUUUGCUCUUGAGCUUAUCGAUGCUGAUAUGCCAAACCCCGGACACGGUCAUGUCGUUAUCAGCGAUAACCCACCUGUAUUGCUCUAUCAAAUCGGCUCACACGAGACUCGAGCCUUGAUCGAUAUUCCUGAGAAUCUUCCCUCAGCAUCCGUUAAGAACGGCGGAGUAAAGGGGCACCUCCGAAACGUUGUCAUCCACGAUCUGCCCAAAUCGGUUCAGCCGUCUUUUGAGAAAGCUCUUGACAAUGGCUCAUUGCGGUCCAUGCCCAAUUCAUUCCUUCCUCCGACUACCAACAAAGUACCCGGACUUCUGAUUGUUGGCGAUGCCUUAAACAUGCGACAUCCUUUGACUGGCGGAGGAAUGACGGUUGCAUUCAAUGAUGCAGUAUUAUUGGCAGAAUUGCUGAGCCCUGAGAACGUACCGCACUUUGGCGACACGGGACUCAUUCUCAAGCAACUUUCAACAUUUCAUUGGCGCCGGAAACAUACAUCCUCAGUGAUUAAUAUUUUGGCGAUGGCGCUUUAUGCGUUAUUUGCUGCGAAUGAUCCGCAAUUGAAGGUUCUCCAGUUGGGUUGUUUCCGUUACUUUUGCAGGGGUGGCCCAUACGUUGAUGAGCCUGUCGGCCUCCUGGCCGGUAUCAUUCACCAUCCGCUCAUACUUUUCUACCAUUUCUUCGCCGUUGCUUUCUAUUCGAUAUGGAUUCUUCUGUCCAACUCCAAGGCUUCCCAUUUGCCAAUUGCAAUACUGCAGAGUUUUGCGGUUUUCUACAAAGCUUGUGUCGUCAUUUUCCCUUUUAUCUUUGCUGAAUUGAGGCGAUAGUUUUCGUCGCGCUCUGCUGAGAAGCGUGCAACAUCGUAUUGGCCACGGCAACGGCAUUGGAUGCGGCGUCUAUAUUAUUGUCAUAUUAUUUUUACUGUAUAUUAUAAUUUUCUUUCUUAUUUCACGAUGGACUUGAUUUUCCUACAUAGAUCUGUUGGUGCGUUUACUCCAUUUCUCAAGUCGAUACCUGGUUCACAUCCCUAUGCG